ACGCAAUUUGCAAAUACUUCAGCAUCUGCUGACUCGCUGUCGACACUGCUCGCGUUAAUUGAACAUUUUUGUUAACCGAUCAGCAGAAAUUCGUUCGCAUUCUCCGCUUCAGUCACCGCGAUGGCUGUCGCUGGUUAUAAAAUUUGUCUUUCCCUUCUCGUCGGGAUUGUUGCGCUCGCGAGAAAUUCUACGUGCUGGAAUUUCAAAGCGGUGGAUCUUCCGGAAGAUGUUUUCAUCCCGAGAUUCGCAAUUUGGCGGAAUCGCGCUUUCCUGGCUGUCCCUAGAUGGCAGAGAAAUGGAACUGCCGAAGAAACCGGGACCUUGUUCGAAGCAGUUUGGCCGGAGUCUGGCUUCCCAGCCGUCAAAAGCAGAAAAGUAUUUUCAUCUUUGCACAAUACGGCCAGUAACUGCCUCCGAUCGGCCGUCGAUGUGGACGUCGAUGCUCGGGGACGUUUGUGGGUCCUGGAGGUGCCGGACAAUGAUGAUUGUUCGGCUAGGAUCGUGCUGUAUAACUUGAAAAGGAACAAUCAAUUGGUGUCAUCCACUGAUCUAACGAACGUGCCAACGAGUAACUUGAAAGCUCUCGUCGUCGACCGAUCGGGAUCCAGAGGAUACGUCGGAGAUGCUGGCGACGAAUCCAUCAUAGCUUUGAUGCCAGAGAAGGAAAGAUGGUGGAAGAUAAAGAUGAUACGCGAGCCGGAAAUGCCUCGGAUCUGCAGCACGGAUUUAGCCAUCUCCAGGAAGAACUCGGUGCUGUAUGCAACCGGUUCCUCCAGUCUCGACUUGUUCAGCCUGAAUCUGGAAGAGUUAUGGAGUCAAGGGGACAGUAUAUUUAACAGCAAAUCUCGCGAGGUUACGGUGAUCUGGCACGGCACCAAAAUGGCCGCCUCGUCCGGGCUGUUCUGCGAUGUCAAGGACGGCCUCCAUUAUUUCAUGUCCACGGAGAGAGCCAGCGUCCGCUGGGACACGAGGCUUCCUCUGAGAGCGGAGAGUCACUCGGUGCUCGUGCAGAACGAAGAUUGCCCGUGCAUAACCGACUACGCGCUGGACGGCCAAAAGAACUUGUGGGGUUUGAUAAACUCGGAAUGCCAACCGUCGACGGACGAUUCACCGAAAUGGCCUCUUAAAUCUAGGACCAUCAAAAUCGGGAAGUAUCCGACAUCUUAA